GGCGCUGUGCGGCCAUGGUGGCGGUGGGGCGGCGAGUCGCUGUGCUUUGCUUUGCCUCCGGUUGCUCUGCGUUGCUUGAGUUGCGGCGUGUUGCGUCGCUCUGCGUCGUUCUGCGUCGCUCUGCGUUGAGUUGCUCCGCGUCGCUUCGCUCUCCAUCGCGUUGCUCCGUGCUGCAUUGCUCUGCAGAUGGCUGAGGACGGCACCGCGGUACCAUGGGAGCUGCCCGGCUGCGUGGUCAGUGUGUCGGACCCCUCGGAGCCGGACGUGGAGCCAAGCAGUUGCAGCGGGGCCAUCCUGUGCCGCAGCCCGGGCCUGGUGCUGUGCCCUGCUGCCAUCUUGGUGCCCUUCCUGCAGCCCGACGUCACCGCCUGGCCCCACGGCGAUGCCCUGCCACCCUCGGCGUUGCGGCCCGGGCUGCGCAUCUCGGUGCUGCAGGCUGCCCCACCACCUGACACCGUGCAGCGGCACGUCGCGUGCCCGCUAGCCCUGCUGCGCUGCGAUGCCUUCGCCCGCGCACUGCCUGGCACGCUCAGCACGGCCGAGGAGAGCACCGAGGCCCUGCCCUGGUUCUGCUGGCUGCGGGUGCCCGGCCUGGACACACCUGGCGGUACCUGGACGCCCUGGGCCCCGGCAGCCACGCUGCACAAGGGCGCGGCGCUGCUGACCUGUGGGACGCCCUUCGGUGCGCUCUGCCCCGAGCUCUUCCUCAAUGCGCUGAGCACCGGUGUGCUGAGCAAUGCCGCCGAGCCUCACCGCGCCCUGCUGCUCACCGAUGCACGCUGCCUGCCCGGCACUCAGGGUGGGCCCGUCCUCGCCCUCGCGCCCGCAUCCUCCCCGCCGCGUCUCGUGGCCGUCGUUGCUGCCACUGCCGGCUGCCAGGGCGGCCAGGGGCUGGGGCUGGCGCUGCUCUGCUCCCUGCACGCCCUCCUGCAGAGUGCCCGCGGAGUGCUGCCCGAGCUCGGCAGCCUGCCUCCGCCACUGCCGCUGCCCGAGGCCCACGGCACCCCAACACUGCGCUGCGCCGUGCUGGUAGAGAGUGGGAGCAGCUGGGGGUCGGGCACGCUGGUGGCCCCGCGGCUGCUGCUCACCUGCCGGCAUGUGCUGCAACGGGGCGCCCCGCUGCGCGUCACCCUGCGGCACAGCACCACGUGUGACACUAUCCUGCAGGCCCGCCUGGUGUUCGCCACGACUGAGGCGUCCCCCUUUGACGUGGCAGUGCUGGAGCUGCAGGACAGCGUGCCCAGCUUCCAGCCCCCUGACCUUGCCACCACUUUCCAACCCGAGCACCUGCGCCGUGCACGCUGGCUCCAGUGGCGGCCCCCUGCUCUCUGCUCGCGACGGAUGCCUGCUAGGCAUCGUGGCCAGCAACGUGCGGGACAACGCUGCAGGGACCACCUACCCACACCUCAACUUCUGCAUCCCCAUCUCCUUGCUGCGCACACCCCUUGCCCGCUAUCGCUGCAGCGGGAACCCUGCUGCCUUCGCCCCACUCAAUGCUGCCAGCAAGGGGGCACAGGCAGCAUGGCGGCUGCAGCAGUGGCCCCCCAGCAAGCUGUGACCCCUCCCCCAGAAUUGGAGUGCUUCCAUAAAAGCCCUCAUCUGAGCCAUGGAGUCCCUGGUGGUGGCUGGGGUCAGCAAGACGUGGUGGCCCCCCAAGCGGGGCAUAUCUGGGGACAGAGCCCUAGGUAGGGGGCUGGAAGGGCCAGGAAUGGGCAUGGAGCGUUCGACACAGCACGGGCGUUUAUUUCACAACACCGCAGCAGCAAGCACAGCACGGA